AUGUUGAGAACCUUGGCCAAGCAAAGUUUGCGCGCUUCCCCCUUCAGAUGCGCCGUGAGAUUCAACUCCGUCAACUUCAAGUUGAACACCCAGAGCCACGUCUACAAGUACUUGGAAGAGGGCCCCAAGUUUGUCAAGUUCACGCCGGAGCACGAGUGGCUUGCGGUGUUCAAGGACGACACUGCGUUCAUUGGAAUCACCAACUACGCGUCCGAGGCCUUGGGCGACACCACGUUUGUCGAGUUGCCCGAAGUGGGCGUGUCGUAUGAGGCAGGCGAGUCUAUUGGCUCGGUGGAAAGUGUCAAGAGCGCCAGUGAGAUCUACAGUCCUGUGAGCGGCGAGGUGAUUGCCAUCAACGACAUUUUGGAAAGCAAGCCACAGUUGAUCAAUGACGACCCUAUGGGCGCCGGCUGGAUUGCCCAGAUCAAGUUGGCCGAGACUGCCGAGGCUGUGGAAGCCAAGGACGACUUGUUGGACGGCAAGCAGUACGAGGCCUCGUUGGAGGAGCACUAG